UGCCACAGGUGAUAUGGAUGAGUGUAAUCAAGCCGUCCUCCUUCAUUCAUCAGUGACUCUAACAGGUUCUGGUGUCAGUGAAAGUCUUUUGAACUACGUAACUUUUUGCAUCUUUGAGUUUUAUUUAAAUCAUGAAGAUCACGGACUGUAACGUGAUUCGGUUUCACCUUCAAGUCCUUUAUGGGAUAACUGUGAAGAGCUUGGAGAAGAAAAAGGACAGGUUGUCCAUCGGUGGCGCCAAGAUCUUUGGUGUUCCUCUGGAAAAUUUACCCAGGAGAUACAUCCCUGAGUUUGGACUCGUCCCCUGUUUUUUGGUGGAUGCUUGCUCAUUUCUUCUGGAGCGUGCUGGGACUGUGGGCCUGUUCAGAAAACCAGGCUCUCUUCCUCGCAUUAAGGUCCUCAGGGCCAAGCUGAAUAGAGGAGAGGGUUGUCUAUCUGCAGCCCUCCCCUACGACGUGGCCACUCUCAUCAAACAGUUCUGCAGGGAGCUGCCGGAGCCGCUGUUUCCCUCAGAGCUCCACGCAGCUCUGCUCAAGGCCCAGGCGCUGUCGGACGAGCGGGACAGGACGUCAGCCCUCCAGCUGCUGUCCUGCCUGUUACCGGCCAGAAACUCCUCCUGUCUGCAUUACCUCUUCAACUUCCUCUGCAAAGUCUCCCAGAGAUGCACUGAAAACUUGAUGACCAGCUCCAACCUCGCCACGGUCUUCGUUCCAUGUCUUUUACCUCCUCCUAACAAGACCGAGAUGUCCGAGAGACGACUGGAGCUCAGAGUUCUCGUCCUGCGCACCUUCAUCGAAAAUCCUCAUUUAUUCGGUGUGAUUCCUAAGGCAGUAAUGGACAGUAUGGACUUUCUGAUGAGCUUCCAUUUUCCGAAACAAGCCCAUUCAAAGACAGGACAGAGAAAGAGACACAGUUUCAAAGUGAUGCGGCCUGCGAAGACUGUGUCCUGGAUUCAGGGGAGGUCAAAGGUCACACCAAAGGUCAUGCCUGCUGUGUCUGAGCAGAGCCAAGAGUCCACAUCAGGAGGCAGACCGACCCUGAGGAGAAGCCUCGGUUUGGAGACCUUCCCCAGUGUCCUGCUGUUCAGGACGUGUAUGCCCUGUGCAGACUUCAGACCUGCAGCAGAUUUAGAGGAUGGUGCUGUUAGCAGAGAGACAUGGAAGACACCGCAAGAGAGACUAAGACGAUUCACCAGAGGACAGGAUGCAGACGGCUCGCCCGUGAUCACUGGCGUGGGGAAACUGCAGCUCACACCCUGGAGAAGACGUUCAUCACUCUAGUAUUCAAAGUAUUAAGAGGUAGCCAUGUUGGUUGUCUCGUGUUUAUUCAGCACUUUAGGUUAUGACCUCUGAUGGCCCAGUUUAUAUUUAGAAGGCGGCUCAGUGUGGUUUAGUGUCUUAGAUCAGGUCACUUAGACUGUAUUUUAACAUUCUACAUUUUAAUAGAUUUAUAUAUUUGACUAUUUAUUUCACAGCAGGUUAUUGUAUGGAGUUACCAUACUUUUAUAUCAACUGAAUAAAUAUUUCAUUUUUCUCUCA